UUCGAGAAAACGUCGUCACGAUCCUGCGCAGGAGUUGAACCUCGGGUGUACUAGAGAGGGGCUGUUUGAUAAAUACACAAGCGCACGCUGACUGGAGGCAGUCGCGACGGCGGUCACCUCGGUACCAAAAUGAGGACGCUAGCGAUCACGUUAUGGUUGGUGCUCGCACUUGCGGCGGCUCUAGCCGUUCCUGUCAAGGACGUUGCGAACGACCCUGAAGCAGCCAGGGAGAAACGCUCACCGAGUGGUUGGCAUUCCGAGCCUGAAGGAGUUUGGAAGAAGAAACUCGUCUGGAAAGAAGACUGGAAGCAAAUUUGGAAAACUGAAAAGAAACUUAUUUGGAAGACAGAAUGGAAGAAGGAAAAGGUUCCCGCUUGGAAAACGGAGCAAGUCCAACAAUGGAAAGAAGAACAAGUCCCAGAUUGGAAAGUAGUUCAAAAGCCGAUUUGGAAAGAAGUUCAAGUGCCCAUAUGGAAGGAAGUUCAGGUACCAGAUUCGAAAAAGGUUUGGAAACCAAUAUGGAAGGAAAUACAAGUGCCAAUCACUAAAGAUGUUCAGGUACCUGAAUGGAAACAGUCCUAUGUUCCGGAAUGGGUCAAAGAAGGUAUUCCUGGUGAGAAAUUCUUAGGUAAAGAUAACCAUGGUUGGGAAUAUACAAGCCACGACUUGUGGAGAAAGAAAAUGAUCUGGAAGCCUAUAUGGAAGAAAGUUUGGAAAACAGUGCAGAAGCAAGAAUGGGUAACUGAGAAAAAGUUGGAAUGGAAAGAAGAAUGGAAGCAGAUUUGGAGAACUGAAAAGAAACAAGCUUGGGUAACAGAGAAAAAACAAGACUGGGUUGAGGAGAAAGUACAAGUAUGGAAGACAAUUAAAAAAGAAAUCUGGGUACCAGUACAGAAGAAAAUCUGGGUAGAGAAGUGGAAGCAGAUCCAGGUGCCUGUAUGGAAAACAAUAGAAGUGCCAGCGUGGAAGAAGGUUUGGAAGCCAGUUUGGGAGAAAGUUUGGGUGCCAGUACAUCACGAACAUCAUGGAUGGGAUUAAUAGAUAUUAGGAGCCACGAAGGAAUCUUGUAAAUAUAGAAAUAUUUUUUUACAACUUAGUCAUUUUGAUAAUUAAUUGUAACCACGAGACUCCAUACAUUAAACUUCUGUAAAUAUAAACGCAAUAAUAGACAUAGUACUGGUAUGUAAACAUAUCACCAUAAUCUGUGACUUACGUGAAAUGGAAUUCUUUAUUUGGCUCGUAAAAAUGGUGAACGUUUAAUUUUUCCAUAAAAUAUAUUUUUAUCUGUGUGCGCCUCGGAACUGAAAAUGGUUGGCAGAGUUACCAUUCUAUAGUUAUAUUGAAAAUACGACUUUAUUUUACUAAGUGUUAUUAGUUAUUAUUAAGUUAAACACGAUAUUUUUUGAUGUCGAGUAACCGUUGCUAAUAUUUUCUAUACCUUAAUAUUCUCUCUUUCAAAUGAACCGUAAAUUUUGAUGACCACGUAAUGAAUGAAGGAACAUAUAAAUGUUCAAAGCUUGCGCUCAAUAAUGUACAUUCAAGAUAAAGGACCCGAUAGAGGCUUGAAAAGUUUAAGUUACCAAAUAUUAUUGUUUUGUUAUUUUUUAAUUGUUUUUAUUUAUAAAUUAAUGUUUUAUCGAUACAUUGUAAAGUUCAAACCUAAAGUACAGAGAUGUAGUACAUUUUUUUUUGUUUUACAUAGAAAAUACAAUAUUAAAAUAA